AUGGGUAAAGGUACUCCAUCUUUAGGUAAAAGACACAACAAAUCCCACACUUUAUGUAACAGAUGUGGUAAAAGAUCAUACCAUAUUCAAAAGAAAACCUGUGCAUCUUGUGGAUAUCCAGCUGCUAAAAUGAGAUCUCACAACUGGGCUUUAAAAGCUAAAAGAAGAAGAACUACUGGUUCAGGUCGUAUGUCUUAUUUAAAACAUGUUUCAAGAAGAUUCAAAAAUGGUUUCCAAACUCAAUAA